AUGGAAUCUGUUAGUACUCCUGUUCUACGGCAACCCGGAGUCCCUUUGCUAAGGAAAUCUCACUCUGGGUGUCGUGACUGUAGAGUUCGUAAAGUGAAGUGCGAUGAAAUAAAGCCCAUCUGUUCCAAUUGUCGACGACGAUAUAUCAACAUUUUCCAAUGUGAUUGGAGUACGGGCUCCCAGAAGUCCAAGAAGUCAGCAGUGCAGCGUUUUUCAACGUCCAUUAUACCUGCACCUAGUUCUAGCCUCGAAACACACCCAAACACCCUAGCAGAUACAACAAGCCCAUGGCGAUCUCUAGAACUCCGCUUAAUGUACCAUUACAGUACAAUAGUGAGUAAUCUCAUGCCCGCCUGCCUAGGCGCUCCAGCGCGCGCAUGGCAACACACCAUUCCGCAGCUCUCUUUCGAUUCCGAAAUCGUGCUCAAUCCCAUGCUCGCGCUCUCGGCACUCCAUCUGCAUACAUAUACACCCCAUGAUUCUCUUCUAAGUAUUGCAUUAAGACGCUAUCUCGAUCGUACACUUGUGAAUCAUCGGCAAGCGCUUUCAGAAGGCGAAGAACUCUCAGAACAGCUUUGGCUUUCGGCGAUUUUGUUGUGUCAUGUUUAUUGGUUGCUUUCGCGUCAGAAACAGAAAGAUGAAGAGUAUGAGAUACCGGUUCAAGCGAUCAGGAUGUUGGAGGGUGUGAAUGUAGUGUUUAAGCAGAAGAGAAGGUUACUGGAUCGAUUGGGAUAUGCUCCGUAUAAAUUUGAAAGCUUGCCUAGCGUUUUAUCGCAAGAUGAGCUAUCUAGAAUUGCAAAAUUCCGAAUGAGGAGAAUAGAAGAAGAUCUCGAUCACUUGGUAAAUGCAUUUUCCAUAUCCACGGAAUCCGAAACUAUUCAAAGUGUCUAUCUGGAAGCGAAAGAAUCAGUACUAUUUCACUACCGAGCAUUUUUCUCCGGUACGAGUGCGCAGAUUCUGAGACGUAUGGUUACGGUUAUGCCGGCUAGAUUUCAGUUGGAUUUUCGUGUAUUACUUGAACAUCAUGAUCCUUUGGCAAUGGCAUUAUGGGCGAGAGGGUUGGUUUUGUUGAAGGGAUUGGAUGAUACGUGGUGGGUUAAUGGCGGAGGUGAAUAUGAAGUUGUGGAGAGGGAUGUGAGGGGUAUGAGGGGAUUGAUGCCGGAGAAGUUUCGGUGGACUAUGGAUUGGCCUUGUAAAGUUUUGGAUGGGGAAAUUGUGUUGGAGAGGUGA